UCUCUUUUUUGUACAAAAAAUUUCACUAAGGGCAAGAUAUUUUAAUAUUAUAGAAGUGAAAUGUUUAAAUGUGGCAACAACGAAAUUAUGUACUUCCAUACCGAAAAGCUGUUGUGCUAAAAUAAAAUCGAAUUCUUUUGCUUAUGCUGCACAUUAUUUAUAUUUGGUAUAACAAUGGACUUGGAUGAAAUUUUAAUAGAAGAAGUACGCAAUCAUCCACUGCUGUACGACCUUGCCCACAUGGAGUACAAAAAUUUGAGAAGAAAGGAUUAUGCAUGGAAGGAGGUUGCAGCUAAUACAAAGUUGAGCGAACUGGAGUGCAAGAAACGAUGGAAGAGCCUCCGCGACUCCUAUAAGCGCUGCAAAAGGAUGGAUCAACUCGCUUCCGGCAGUAGUGCUGAAACUCCAAGGGAAAAAUGGAGACACUGCGAAUCUCUACCAUUUUUCGAAAAUAUAUCAAAUUCCCGGCGCACUAUUGGAAGUAUAAGCGCAGAUGAUACUCAAUUUAUCGAAGAAAGUGAAGUGAUGGAAAUUGUUGAUGUCAAUUCAGCAAACAAUUCUCAACCUGCAAUAGAAAGACCUCAACGUUAG